GGAUGGAAGUAGCUUCCCUGUGGAAGGUGGCGCUGCUUCCUCUGAAGCAAUCAUCGUUAGAAGCGUGUAGAAGAAAAAGUAAACCGAAAAUCGCUUGCUUUGACCAAGCACAAAUAAUACAUUUUCCAUUAUGGCCGCAACAGAAGUGGCAUGGCCACCUGUGGGAGAUAUGCAGCAAACAGAAAUGAAACCAGAAUGGGAGACAGCAAGAAAGGCCCUUGAAGCUGUACAGUCUUCCUCCCCAUCAAAAGGAAAUAAAAAGAAAGGAGGCCAAGAACAUAGCAAUGCUUUAACAAGUGAAUUAUUGAGUGCACCACCACCACCACCACCCCCUGGCCCACCUCCUCCACCACCACCACCAGAUCAAGGGGCACAAUAUGCAUUUUACCCACCACCAAAUCCAUAUAAUAUAUACCAACAAUAUGGCUACCCCUACAGUUAUGGUAUGCAGAACUAUGCACCAGUACCACCACCUCCACCAUAUGCUGAUAUGCAGACUGGAGGCUAUGGUUUUCCACCACCCAUGGGUCCACGGAUGAGUGUCCAUUCUAAUGGCAUGGACCAUCAUUCCUCAUACCAUCAGAACAUGGUUGAUGGAAACGACAUGAGGGCUUCCUCACAGUCUGAAUCACGAGGACUUUCACUUGAUGUUGGGUCACGAUUUGGACAAAAAUGGCCAGGGCAAGGUAUACGCUUUCAAAUCCCAAAGCGAAAACAUGUGAAUCAAAAUACUCCAGCAACCAGCCAAAGCUCUGGACCUAAGUCCAUGGGGCAGAUGCAUCCAAUGAUGCAAGCUGCAGCUCUUCAGUCACGUUCCCUUGCCAAGAGACACAGUCCAUCAGAAAGCCCAGCUAAAGAUCAGAUAGAAGGCAUCAGUGGAGCUAAUAGAGAUGAAGACAAGACUAAUGCGGCCAAGGAAUGGUCUCCUGAACUAAAGGAAUAUGUUCAGAGAGCUUUUGCAUCUGCUCAGAAUGAGACAGAGAAAGAUCGCAUGGAGGCUUUGUUAAAAGAGAAGUUGCAACGAGCUUUUGAUGAUGGCAGUGCAGCCACUAAAGAUUGGGCCAAUGAACCAUUACCUGUUCUAAAUGGUGGAUUUGACUCGCUUAAAUCUUUUGGCCAUUCACCUGGGUCAAGAUUUUCAGGUUCUCAGAUGUUAAGGGGAGCCAAACGCAGUCGUUUUGACAUGCAAAACAAACAGCAACAGCAGCAGCGACCACCACAAGCAUAUCCAGUUGCUCAGACACAGGGUCAGCCUUUGGGAUUCUCUCCCAAAAAUAGGCCUCAAGGUCGGCCAUAUAAUCGUGAUCGAGUCCCUACAUAUCGGAGGUCGUACAGCAGGUCAUGGUCAGGGUCAUCUUCAGGGUCUAGGUCCAGAUCAAGAUCUAGGUCCAGGUCAAAAUCCAGAUCAUGGUCCAGGUCAAGGUCCAGAUCUCGUUCUCCUCGAUCCAACUUCACCAGGAAUUUCCGAAAGAGAAAAGGAUCACUUAGAAAAAUGUCUGAAGCAGCAGCAGCCAUAGCAGCCAACUCUGCAACACCAGAUCAUGAUAUUUCAAUAUCUGGAAGAAUUGCCAGAGGUAAAGCACGUAACAGAGGUCGAGGUCGUGGACAUGGAAGAGGUAGAGGCCAGAAUAAAGACACAGAAGACAGCAAGAAAUCUACUCUGGCAGGCAAGAAGAAUACUAAAAAGAGUCAGCAGCAAAAGAAGCAUUUGAAGUUUGAUUAUGAAGACCCAGACAAAGCUGAGCGAAUGUUGAUAAGAGCUGCUCGGUUUGGUAACCAGUUGCAGUCACCAAGCAGGAGAAAGCAGACCUUGACUCUAACCAUCAACACCAUGAGUGGUGGAGAUGAAGAGGAGGUGGAUCUUGGGGAAUUCACAGUGGUUGGCACUUGCACAGAUCUUGAGAAACCAUACCUUCGUCUUACUUCUGCACCAGACCCCAAACAGAUUCGUCCACCAGAGGUAUUAAAGAAAUCUCUAGAAAUGGUUCAGGAAAAGUGGAAAGUAAAGCAGGAUUACCAUUAUGUGUGUGAGCAGCUCAAAUCCAUACGGCAGGAUCUCACGGUACAAGGUGUCCGGGAUGCCUUCACUGUAAAGGUGUAUGAAACCCAUGCUAGAAUAGCAAUGGAAAAGGGUGACCAUGAAGAAUUCAACCAGUGUCAGACGCAGCUUAAACUGUUGUACAAUGAGGGCAUCAAGGGCCAUUGUUUGGAGUUUACAGCUUACAGAAUUCUGUAUUACAUUUUCACUUCCAACUCCCUCGAUAUGACAACCGUGAUGGCUAGCCUGACACCAGAAUCACGAAAAGAUGAAUGUAUCAAGCAUGCUUUAGCUGUGCGCGCUGCCUGGGCCCUUAAUAAUUACCACUCCUUUUUCCAAUUAUACCAAAAUGCUCCCAAAAUGUCAGGUUAUCUCAUGGACUGGUUCGCUGAGAGGGCCAGGAAGAGUGCACUCAAAGCCAUCAUCAUGUCGUAUCGCCCCAUGGUCUCAGUAGAAUUGUUGCAACGUGAGCUUGCCUUCAGUGAACGAGAAGACUGUGUCAAGUUCCUGGAAGAAAAAGGAGUCAUCUUCAAUGAAGAGAAGUCUAAGGUGGAUGGAAAGCAGAGUAUGACCGCAGUCCAAAGUUUGUGAAGAGGGAGGGAGGUGAGGGUGGAGGGAGGGAGCGUAUGAUGCCAGCCUCUCCACCCUCAUUUCCCUUGGUAUUUUCUUUCAAAAGUUUUCACAUUUGAAGAAAGGAGCUUUCUACAGUGCCACAUUAUUUUCGUCAAAGUAUUUGGAAACAGCUGCUCACACCAGCAAGCAAGAAAAUCUAGUAUAAAAGCUAAGAAGAAGUAAGCUUUGAGAGGAUUGCCAUCGGUGAUCUUGCAGCAUGGUCCUACUCUUUGUCCUGCUGUUAUGCCAAGUUCUGCCUGUGAGUCUUACACCCUAAUUUUGUUCCAGAAAAAGCCAAAAAAAACCCGCAAUGUUUUCAGGCAGAAAGUGAUACAAGUAAGUGUUAGGUUUGAUAAUAUCCCACCUCAUAUAAAAAUGAGAAGCUUCUUGGAAUUUCGAUCUUUACCAGCAGCUUGGCUUAAAUUUUGCUGAUAGGUGCCACAUGCUGCCUUGGCAUCCAAAAGCUUGUUGUGAAUCAAGUAACUGUAUGGAGGAUGGUUCUUUGCACAUGGAGGGAAAAAAAGGCAUCCUAAACAAAAAUAGGACUUCGCUUGUUUUGACUUUUACUCCCAACUGCUGUGUGACAUUGAUAGCCCCCAAAACUUUUCUUGAGUAAAGGUUGGGAAUCGUGCAAAAGCAGAGAGUAUUUAAAUCUCACUAAAUGAUGACAUAGUGAUUUAGUCGCCAUCUGUUCUACUUUCCACUGCAUCAUACUAUAGUUGCACAUGAAAUGGGUGGGGAAGAGGCAAGUAUACAACUAGGCAGCAAAGUGUGAAAUUUCCAGGAUACUUAAGGCAGAGGGUCCUGGUUACUGCAAGCAGAAGGGUAAACAGAUUACACUACUACACCAUAACGCUUUUUAAAAAAAUGUAUAGGCUAUUUCAAGGCAUAAGUUAGAAAAAGAAGGAUGCAACAGGCAAGCAAGAUGUGUCUUUGAGUUCUGUGUCAACUGCAGGAAUCUUCAUAAGUUUACUCAAGUUUCUGCAUGUAUCGUGCUCUUCAGAGGACUUGUAAGAGACUUUUCCUGAAGAUUUUAAGUCCAGCCUUUAGUCUUGAGGUAUAGUGAGAAGUUUUGGAAAAUCCCCUCAGAAUUACAGAAUGAAAAAUGGAUUUAGAAACGUUUGUGAAUUCCUGACUGAAAUGAGUUUGAUAUCAUCAUCUCAGCAAAUCAUGCAACAAAAGCAUUUAAAAAAUGUCAGCUUGAAGCUGCUUUUCCAGGUCUUCCAAAUGUGGCUUGUGCAACAAAAGUCCUGAAGAGCUCUUCAGCCCAUCUAGAUCACAGUGUUCCCAGCAUUACCUUUGCAGUUCUUGAGAAGAAAAUCAUUGGGGUAGCCCUCGAAUCUUCAGCCUGUGGAUCAUCAGGAAGAAACCAACCACAGGCAGCUUUCAUCCCUGACCUUCAUUCUCUUGCGGCUACACACAGCCAGUGGUUGCCGUCACUUCAGUUUUGUUUGGCUGCUGCUUUCUCCCGAGUUAGGUUGCUCAUCCAUGUGGUCAAGCCCUGUCCCAAAACCAAAGUCCCUAUGUCCUGCUGUAGUUGGUGCCCAUUUUUCCUGUCCCAUUCCCAAAGUACCCCUUAUUCUGCUGUAGUCGGCGCCCAUUUUUCCUGUCCCUUCCCAGUUGUCCCAUUUUGUUACCCAGUCUUCUUUCCAGCAGAAUGCAGCAGCAGCAGCAUGUUAUCAACCUUUCAGACUUCUCAUCCAGCCAAGUGCCGCACAGUCGUGGUGCUCUCCUUUGCCUGUUCUUCACCUGGUAACAUCCAGCGUCAUGCUGAGGGCUCACGUCUAUCCCGACUUCACUUUCAAGUCACACAGAAUCGUUUGUGUCCAUGGUGGUGCCAUUCUUGAUGUUCACCAUUGUUACUUUUUUUUUCCCUACCUUUUUUCCUUGGUACAUGGUGUCAACACUGCUGACCUAGUAACAUGUUUCCACCAAGCUAGAUGAAAAAUUAAAAUGUUCAUUAUACAGUUCUGAUAGAUUAUGUCAGUAUUGUGUAAGUCAUUUUGCCUGAUUUCUCUUUUGUUACAAGUCUUUCAUCAUGGGGAAGAGAAGGAAAAGGCGGGCAGGGAAGGAGGGAGUGCUGUGUACAUACUCAUAAGGUCCACACAUUAGUUAGUUUGUUGCUACCAGCAGUGUCCUAUCAUGCUAUUGAUUUGAUACCAGCAGUUUGUGGGAGAUGUUUAUGCUUGUCACAUUUUGUAUCAAGGUUAUCAGCGUGGGCAGAUGUAUGUUGAAUUCCUUUUUCAGGUCCAUUCAAGGCCAGUGGCUACUGAGCACAAUUGCAAAGACUGGUCAGAUGACUUAAAUGAACUUUUUUUAAAACAACAUGCGUCAUGAAUCUGUGAUUGUGUGAUAAUAUAUAGCUUGUGGUUUUGUGUGUGAAGACAGAUGACUAGCAGUAAAAGAUUAAGAUUUCAGUCUCUAGUUUGGGGUUCAUGAAAUUAAUGUCAACAACAGGAAUAGUGUGUGUAUAUACAUGUUAUUUCCUAAUUUUUUUUAUUAUUAUUAUUGCAGGGGUUCUGAUUUUCAGUAAAUUACUUCUGUCUAUACUUGAUUUUUUUUUUUUUUUAAAUAUCCAUGCAUUAGCACAUUCCAGCAUGGUCUUGUCUCUGUGCCUCUCUCUUUCUCUGAUCAUUUAUUUUGCCUUCUUGAAUGGUGUAGCAAAAUGAAAAAGCAUUAAAACCUGCAGCAAUAUGCUAGUAGUUUGGGUUUUUUAAAAAAAGGUUGGAUGGGGUUUUGGCUGAGGGAGCAUAUAAUGCCACAUUCUCCUGAAAGAAAACAAUACAGCAGUAUCUAAGGGAGUUCAACGUCGUGUUCUGAAUUAUACUUUAAUUUAAACACUUCUUCAAAAGGAGGAGGAAACUCUAGCUGGUGAACAUAAGUGAAAUCAUCUGAACUUCGUGUGUUAGAAAAGAAUUUUUCUCCAAAUAAAAUAUCUAGAUCACCUCCUCUUAUGUUGAUGGUAUACAGUUUGUUCUAUUUAGGUUGUUUUAGCAAUUCUACCUUGAUAGCUGUACAGAGUAGUGCAGCAGCCAUUUAUGUGUCGAUGAGAUACCCUUUCUGAUAGUUCUAACAAAGUCGUAUGAAUCUCUUGUGCUAAUUUCUUCAUAUUUAAGCCUGAAUGGCUGAAGUUUACAUAUGUAGGUCUUAUACUAAAGAUCAGUUUUUACAAAAAUGAAAAAGAUGUUCUGCAAGUAUGAUCUAUUAGAACUAGAGUUUUUUCCUGUAUUUGGGGAGGAAGACAACUUGUAUGUUAUUUUUGUUAUGUAAUGUGAAGGUUUAGGUCUGUUAGUAUAAGUGAUAAUUGAAUGCUUGUGUGAGUGAAUGUUGAUUUGUAUAUAUACAUAAAUUAGCAAUGCCUGGCUUUUGUAAGUCUUGUUUGGGAUUUCCUCUUGUUGGCAUCACUAAAAGAGGCUCAGAACUGUUAUGACUUUCCAGUGAAUCCCAACCUAGAACAUUUGAUUGUUAUUUCCAGAAUUGGAUAAUGAUUAAAAUAAAUUAACAUUAAAAAAUA